AUGAAGCCAGUGGACAAGCCUGAAUCAGUCUGCCCAUCUCCCAUCAACCAUGGUUUUGCGGGUGAAAAGCCACCUGUGCAGCUACCCCGUCCCGUCUUUGUACCAGAUCCAGUACGUCUCACCCAUUAUGAGCAGCCGUCUGCUCCGUAUGGCGCCCUUUCAACGACCGGCGAGCUCGCGUCUUCGCCCGACCCUGCAGUAGCUGUAGCCUUAUCGGACAUGAAUACACAUGCCCUGGUCACCCCAGGUCAGGCCAUCUCUCCUGCGACAACUGAUGCCGACGCUCGAGCUCCCGCUGACGAAACGGUGCGACCACUCGCAUCGUCGACGUUAGCGCUGGCAUGA